AUGACAUCUUCUUUGAGACUGAGUUUCUUUAUUUUGUGGGGACUCACUGUCUCCUGUCAAGCUGCUGCCUUUUCAAUUGCUGAGUAUGACACACAGCCACUGAUACCUUCUAUUUCUUUUGAACUUGGUUGUCCUCCAUCAAGAUGCCUUGUUUCACUAAUGAAUGGGAAUACUGAAGUUACUGAUAUUAUUAAUGAAACUGAACAUAUAAUUGAAUUCAAGUUGUCACCAUUCAGACAUUAUGAACUAACUGCUGUUGUUAAGAACUUUAGAGACAAGACCAGAGCAACUUGUAGCACCUCAAUAUCUACGUUUCAUACACAAGAUCUUAUCAUCAUUUCUACAUAUACCAAUGGAUCAGUUAGUGUACAGUGUGUGUUUGUAUCAGGAUCAACUGCUGAUGGAUGUCAUGUGAUAUUUAAUGAUACUAGUAAUGGAACAGUUCUGAAUGUGUCAUUAGUCUCACUACCACUGGUCCAAGAGCCUACACUGCUAUCAUUACCAGCUGGUAACUACACAGUGACAGCGUAUGACAAUGUCAAUGGAUCAUUACAUGGACCUGCUGUUCAAUAUCCCACACUGGUCGAAAUUAUCAAAAUGCCUUCUACUUCUUCUAGUAGUACACAUAACAGUAGUAUGUCUCCUACUGCCAGUAUUGAGAUUAUUCUUAUUCCUAUAAGUUCUACAACAAUUCCUACACUUGGAACUGUAGCCACCUCGUCAACAAGUGAAACUAUUAAUAAUGCCAAUAAUUAUAUUGUACUUGUUGUGGCUGGUACAGUCACUGGUGGUGUACUGAUAAUAUUGAUCAUGUUAACAGUAUGUGCUGUGAUCAUUGUCAAUAAGAGGAAAAGGACAAAUGGAGUAUUGAUACGUUCUGAAUUUCCUACUAUUCAAGAACCACAAGCUGAGACCAAUCAAUAUCAAGAUGUUAAUGAGUUGAGAAAUGAAGCUGUACAACUGACUUAUAGUAGACCAAUAGGUGAGGAGGAGGAUCCAUAUCAUGUUGAUUGGAGUAAGUUUCUAACUGUCAAUCACACCAUUCCUUCACACAAUGUUGAGUCAAUCCUGUCUAUUCUGGACACCUUGGGACCCAAUAAUACCCUAGCUCCUGAUUAUGAACCUGUCCUUAUUUCAGAGGUUCAUUAAUACACAUUACUAUUGUAUUGGGACUGAUACUACCUGUCCUCAUUAUAGACCCCCUAGACGCUAAGACUGUUUUCAAUGAAUUAUUUAUGGUAGCCACCCACGAUUUAAAUUACUGAUUGCAAGAAG